CGCUGCGUACAAAUCCACUGUGUCACGGAGCACUGAUAAGCCUAGAUGCUUCUAGACCUCUCCACACGACACCUUCCUCUGAUAUACCCUGCAAUGUGCUUGGUAGUGUCGUGAGAAAAAAUGCACCCGGUGUGUAUAUAAAGAGUAGGUCACGGUGUCUGCCGAAAUGCCAACAGGCAAAGGCGUCCUCCAAAGCACCUAACCGAAGAAGAAGAUUCACAUUACAUUGUUAAUCUGAAUCAGCAAAGGGUGACGAUCUUUAUAUGACUGCAUUCAAGGUUGUUCAGCUGGAGAAAAGUGUGCAGCGGUGCAAGUGUGACGUUAUACAUAUUGUACACGUGUGAUGUAAUUAAGGUCAUCCAGGUGGUACCAUUGUGACAUCAUCCAGGUGUGCCGCGUUACUGAUGGUACAGGUGUGACAUGGAACGGAUGGUACAGAUGGUACAAGUGUGAUGCUAAACAAGCGCUGUACAUAUGGUACAGAUUUUAUAUGACAUGAUACAUUUGUGUCGCUACAAUUGUGACCUGCAUGAUGAUAUACUCGGUAUGUAGGUUCUACAUGUGUGACAUGUGACAAUAAUCCUUCACAGGAGACUCGUGUUUACAGAGAUUGUAUGUUUACCUUUAAUGUGAGCCAGAAAAGACUGAGAACGUACUGUGCAAUAUCAAGGAGCGUUUAGGCUUUUAUACAAAUAUCGCCGUGAAUAUUCAACGAUGUCGAGAAAGGCAUUUGCAAUGGACGGGAGUGGGGAUGUCGAGAAGACGGGAUCAAGAUACAGCAUGUUGAACCCCCUAAGAAACCUCACCAACAUCAGCGACUGCACCUUCCCCCAGUUCCCGAAGGCACUGUUCGCCGAGUUCCUUGGCACCGCCAUUUUGGUCAUCUUCGGUUGCGGAUCAGCGUUAACGGUGGAGGAGAACCUCAAACCCAACGUCGUGUCCAUCGCCAUCGCCUUCGGGCUCACAGUCGCCACCGUCAUCUGGGCGUUAGGUCACGUCAGUGGCGCCCAGAUUAACCCUUGCGUCGCCGUGGCGAUGUGCUUGACGCGGAAGAUGACCUUCGCCAAGGCAUUGGCUUAUAGUGUGACGCAAUGUGGGGGCGCCGUCGUCGGGGGGUAUAUAUUGUACGCCCUAACUCCGGCAGGGAGACGGGGGAACUUAGGGGUAACCCUAGUGCACAGUGAAGUUGGGGUCUGGCAAGCAGUUGGGGUGGAGUUCCUGGCAACGUUUGUCCUCAUUCUUGGAAUCUUCGCUACAUGUGACUCCAGGAUAAGUGACCAUCCCGGCUCCAAGGCUCUAAGUAUCGGAUUGGUUGUGACCAUGGAUAUUCCCUGGGCGGCUCAGUACACCGGUGCAAGUAUGAACAGUGCAAGGAGCUUUGGCCCCGCGUUGGUAAUGGGCAUCUGGGAUCACCAUUGGGUAUACUGGCUAGGUCCCAUGUUGGGUGGAAUCGCCGCGGGAUUGGUGUAUGACCAAAUCUUUGCCGUCAACUCGUCUCUCCUCAAGACAAAAGAAUGGCUGGGAUCACGUGACUACGACGAGGACAGGAUCUACCGAUAUAUGUUGUCACGUGACCAGAUGACAAAGAGGGGAAGCAGUAUUGAGACACAGCCACUGAGCGUUGACAUCAACGGCUUUGAGGAAGGAGAAGGGGUGUGGCAGUCCCGAGUGUAACGUGCUCCUGAACUCUGAACUUGUGGCAUAUGGUAAGACGCCGGUCAAGAAAUAUUUCCCUUCAUUAAAUGGGUAUACCGUCUUGACCAUUUUUCUCAAUAGGUGCAUGCACCCAAAUAACAUGUAGUUGGGCAGACGGACCAAGCUUGCUAUUUCACAUUAACACAUGAAAUAUGUCAUUUUGUUAAUGUUUUCUUCAUUCUGAACCUCGUCAUGACUUUACACCGCACCUUAAACAGGCAUGCUGUGGCUAAUGGCUCUACUCAAAAAUGGUUUACCAAGCAUAAUGAUUUCAGUGAACACAUGAUCCUCCACAGAGAGUUGUACCCCUUUUACAUGGACUAGACAGUUUCUGAAGGACUCGCUAUGUAUUUGGAUAUAUCUGUAUGUGUGUUCGUGUGUGCGUGCGUGCGUGUGCGUGUGGCCUUGCGUAUGUCAGCUUUCUCAGACAUUUUUGUCUGGUACUCCUUUUAGGGUGAAGUUGGCUCGGCUCUCAGAAGAUGUAUGAAAUAUCCACAACAUUAUAAUUGUAUAGCCAUACUUUAUACCCUCGGAUCGGGUAGUUUUGGUUAGGGGGGACUCCCCCCGAUAUGUCGAGGGCGGACUCUCAGAAUGUGGAAAAAGAAUUUCUUAUACAGGAAGGUUGAUAUUGUCUUUCAAGAAGAGAGGUAACAAACCCUCAGAGAGACAGUGUGUAUCAAGGGAACAAUUAUAAUGACGAUUAAAAACCUACGGUUAUAUCUUUAGUUGUUGAAAAUGAUAUAAAGUCCAAAGUCGUUCGAGGAUAAUUUCAUAUUGAUGUCAUCAUGAUACGACUCUUCAGAGCUACCUUUUGAUGGUAAUAAAUGCUGAUAUCAAGG